AUGCGCUACCCCAAGGUGGAGGUGGAGGCCCAGGACUUGGCCAGCGGGAAGCUCUACUCCAUGGCCAUUCGGGUCUUCUCGCAGCGCGGGCUGGCGGCCUUCAAGAGCGAGCAGCAGUUCCUGCUGGAGGCGCAGCAGGCCGCGGCGCUGGAGGAGUCCGUGGCCCGCCAGGCCUGCGGGACCACUCCUGCUGCGCUGGCUGGCAGCCACAAGGGGCUGGCAGUGCCGCUGUUUGCUGCUGCUGCUGCUGCUGCUGCUGACAGCGUCUUCCUGGACGGCUUCUACGUGUUCGGGCGCGUGCUGCUGUCGGAGCGGCUGGCCGACGAAGUCAGCCUGGGGGCGCUGGUGCAGCAGCCGCUGCCGCUGGCCGCGAAGGAGUACGUGGCGCAGCGGCUGCUGCUGCUGCUGCUGAAGCUGCAGCAAGCCGGCCUCAGCCACAACGGGCUGACCUGGGAGAGCCUGCGGCUCCGCCCCGACGGCUCCUUCCUCCUCGGGGACUUGGCCUUCUGCACGCGCCUGGCCAGCCCGCUGGGCCCCUUCGCCAAGCUCCCGGGCCGCCGCGCGGAGCCCCAGCUGCUGCUCAGGAACUACCGCUACGGCGAAGAGGCCGUGCCGCAGGCCAACAGCGACUUCUGGUCUCUGGGCGUGCUGCUGUACGAGCUCUUCACCGAGGGCGGCACGCCCUACAUGCCCGUGGGGCCCGGCGACGAGAUGGAAGAGGCCCGCCACUUCGCAGACACUCUUUUGCGAAACAAAGUCCGGCCCCUCGUCCUCGUUCCCAAGCUCAAGGAGGCGGACGUCCCCGUCCGCUGGCGCCAGCUCAUCCUCCGCUGUUUGGAGCCCAUGGGAACCAACAGAAUCUCUGCCGUCGCGCUCCUCACCGAGUUCUCCGAUAUCGUCAAACGCCGGCCCUGA